AUGUUAAAAUGGCUUAAGCUGCUGACAACCUGCACUAUUAAUUUGACGGUUACCGAUGCAAAGACAACCGUGGUGAUCGGUCCAGUAGGUCCAUUGACACCAACUGUGGCAACAUCGUCAGCUUCGUCUGCUGAACGAGAUUAUACCGAUAUAGACGACGGCGACAUCAGUUACUUAUCCUACCGUGGGACUUUAUCGUUAAGUGAGACCGGCUCAGACGACGAUGAUAAUACCUCAUCGCUGAAUUCGAAUACGUUGUCAACCGUACCAUUUCCCACUGACCUUAAGAUUGGAUCGACUGUCAAUACGAAGGACAAAGUUGUGUCUACCUAUCGUAACUGGGUCGGUCCUAGCAUUGGCAAACCAUCCGACCCAGCAGGUGACAAAGGGUGUUGGCGAAAAGCUUACAUCAUGAGUGAGUGUCCCUAUGGAUUCGACUACACCCUGGGAACGUGCUGGGCUCAGUGCCCAAUGGCUUACCCCGUGAAAUGUGGCUUUGAAUGCAUUAGACAGAGCGACAAUUGCGGUUCUGAAAUUUACGCGAAGUUUGUGAGUGUGGCCAAUGCGUUCAUGUCAAUUCAAAUUGGAGGAUUCUUUGGAGAAUUUGCAAAACUGUCGAGGACCGUGCGGGUUGGCAUCAAGUGUGCCAGAGCUAUGCUUGGAACAAUGCGUGCUAUUGUCAACUACGUUCGCGCUAUCCACGUGUCAAAUCCACAGACGUCACUGGAUCAUGUCCUAUUGGCGCUAUAUCAGACAAGUUACAUCACAAUAGAUCUUCCUGUUAGUAUUGUCAUGUGCAUGGGCAAACCUUACAAUGAUGCCGUCCUCGACCCUGCGAGUGUGCUUAUGGGUACUGUGCAGGUAUUGGUGGGCGAGAUUCUGGCUCGGCAAGACAUAAUCCUAAGCUCCUGGGAACACUUCAAAGAUACCCUCCUCCACUUAAACUUCACUGACGCUGUGAACGACCUGAACGAGACGGAGAUUUCGUCGCUCAAGACUGGUAUGGAGUCCAACUCUAUGUGUGGAUACGAGCUCCAGCGCCUCACUGAUCGAGCGUGGCGAACAAUUGCCGAGAUGAAAGAGGCAAACCCCGGAAUCUCUGAGGACGAUCUCCGUGUGGCCGUGUACAAGUCCGACCUUAUGUUGAACGACAUUCCUACGGUCACCAAUAAUUGCAUGGAGCAGAUGAUUAUGGAAUCGGACGAAGCUACUGCUUACAAGACGCGUGACACGCUACGCAAGACAUACGGCGUAAUCGUGAACGACUUGAUCGAAAAGGGAAAGAGUGACGACGGCGCGUCGUUGACUGCUAAGGAAUACACACGUGUUGUAGCUGAUAAAUUGUCCAUGGGCAUCGCUACAGUCUUCUACAUCGAUCUCACGCGUAUUUCCGGUCUGCUAUCUGAGUACAUUGAAAUUAUGUGUGGACCGACACAGUUUAUCGGCGAAAUCGACGAUGGUAGCGAUCCCGAAACCCUUGGACUUCGCGCGGUAGGAGACGUAUUUAAGGGCAGCGUAAUGUCUUGGGAGCGAGAAGGCGAUGGGAUUGUCCGGAUCACCUUUGCUAGCGCCGAUACGGAGGACGUGACAGUCAACGUCAUCUCCGGUGGCAACAAGUUUGAUGAACAGGACGUUCGAGCAGGUGAAACAGUGACGUACACAACAACCGUGGAGGCAUUAGGAGGAAAGACGCUUUACCUUGACCGAUGGCGGCCAGGAUUUCUCGGUUUACCUGGUACUGGUGGUGGCUCCUUAAAACUCUGGGUGCCUCGCGCAAGCAAAGGUGGCCACUUGCAAGUCAAUGUGACGAUCAAUGUGACUGAGUAA